AUGUCGGCCUCUCGCAGAGAGCUGGACCAGGGCAUCUCGGCGUCGCGCGCCGGCGGCGCACAAAAACGACCUCCAGCCACAUCCAAGCCUACCUCGCCUUCAAAGAAGCAACGCGCGCAUCCUCGCCCCUCGCCUUCCAUCGGCUCGACCUCACGCCGGUCGAACGACGAUUCUGCAACAGAUUCCGGCUCGGUCGCCUCCAAUGUUCGAAGACGCGCUCGAGACUCGGCAUCCGCUGCGUUGGCCGACGAGCCGAAAUGGGCACGCGCAGAACGUGUUUUGCUGGAUAGGACGUUGCGACUGCACACAGUCUCUCCGCUUCACUUUUCGUCAUUACCAGCUUCGAUUCAGGAAGUCUCUCGACCACUGUUCCAGAUGCUCAGGAACGAGCUGCAGCACUACAUCAACUUGCGGCUCAGCGACGGGUUUGGAUUUCUCGAAGCAGGCGGAACCACAAUUGAUGCGCGUGAUCCGGAAAGCGGCGAUCUUCGUCCACCGGAACGCAGGCGCCGCGCUGAUAUCGAUCGAGUCGGCCAAGUCCGCAUCGGUUUCUUGGAGGAUGCAGAAUUCACGGGAGCAAUGCAAGCGGCGAACCGUUCAGGCGAGCCGAAAGCGCGUCCGUGGGCCAUCGAGAUCGAGCUGGGCAAACCGGCGGCCGAGCAAGAUGCCUCGAAAAGCAAGAUUGCCUCGCUGCGGUCCCGAAAUGCGCAGGAAGCGACACCGGCUGAGCUGUGUCAUAUCGUGUUUGUGCCUGCAUCCACAACGCGCGACGGCCACUCGCGCACAUCUCGUCGAUACCCAUUAAUCGCGACCAAGGCACCGUCUUCAAGCGCUGCGAGCUCUGACCCGCUGCAGGCGACCUCGAGCGUCAACGUGGGUCCUAUCGUGCUGGGCCAUGCGCUCGACUGGAUCCAGAAGCGCUUCGACUGUCGCAUUUCGUCGGCGACGGGAGCUGCUGCCAUCGCAUCGCGGCUGCGCGGGCCACGUCUUGAGGCGCUCGCGGAACUGAUUGUGCGUCAAACGCGCGCCGAGAUGGGUGUCUCGGAUGGCGUCGAACGCACACCAGAGCAGCGUGCGGCAGAUUCGGCGGUGAAGCCGGUAGAGCUCGUCUUCGCCUUUCCGACCAGAGUCAAGUCGGACGGUAGGAAGAACAAGACGGCGCAAGGCCCCGCGCCGGACCUGAGCGCGCUCACGCUGACGGUGCCCUGGGAGGUGUGCAUGAGUCUGCUAGACGGGUUGGCGCUCGACGAACCACUGCUACCGGCGCUGAAUCACUACCUGUCGAUGCACACGUCGAUUCCUCUGGAUGCACUCGAACUCACACGGAUCGGCGUAGCGGGCAUCAGCGUGGGUUCGGGCAGAAUCAAGAUCUCCAAGGUCCCGGGACAGGAUGCGGUCAGUGUGGCCAAGAAGUCGCUGCUCAAGAGGUCGCAGGCUGGCAAGGGACAGGCGGAGGACGAGGGCGAGCCCAGCGAUCGACGCCGCGCCGGGGCAGUGUUUGGGUUUCUGAGACAGGUGGUGGAGGGUGAGGAUGACGGAGCGUGA